CCCAGCCACUCUUCCAGAACAGUGGCUGUUGAAGCAGAAAAGAGACGAACGAAAGGUCCGUGUAACCAGUUAUGCACACCCUGAAGUGUGGGUUUUAGCUUCAGAGCGCCGUGGCCUGCUUGUUUUUUUUUAAUUAAAGCAGACUCACGGCCAACACACAGCUGGUUUUCGGUGAAUUGUCUCGCCGCGACAAACCAGAAACAAACCAAAUAGCGAGGAUGUCGGUCCCCGCUGGAAGAUAAUGAAGAGGCUGCGCGUUUUGUUGGUGUGUCUCAUUGUAGCUCUCCUGUGCUGUCAAGAUGUGCAUUGUUCAGAGCAGAGCUCGUCUGGCUCAGGUCACUCUGCCCGGGACGAAGACCCUGACAGCUAUGAGCAGGAGCAGGACUCCACACAAAACAAGGUGGUGGAAGACCAGACGACACACACCUCAAACGAUCUAGGAUUAGAGUCAGAGAGGGCAGCGCGAGAAAAGCUUGCAAGCAUACAUCAUGAACAGACUGUGAAUCAAUUGGAAGUUGAGACAAAGGAGACCAAGCAAAGCCGAGAGUUGGAUAUUAUACCUGUUCUUCAUGAGCCAGAACUUCCCACAGAGCCCCAGGCUCACCUUGGAUUGCAGACUGACACACAGGACCAUGAUCAUGACAAAGAAUCCCCAGUGCUCACCACUCCAGAACCAUUGUCAGAACUGGUCCAUGAAUCAGCAAAUGCUGUAGUCCAAGCUGCGUCCUCUAGUGAAGAUCACGAUGCACAGCCGAGCCUGGACUCAGACCCAUCAGUACCUCUAGAUGAAGCUGAAAACGUACCUACCUCAGAGAGUGCUGGCCCCACCGACACAAGUGCAGUGUGGGUUGCCAGUGCAGGCGAUGAACUCCCAGUAGACAGCUAUCUCUUUGCUGAGCACUCUGAUUCACAGUGCAGGCUCAUUACCCCCGAACUGGCAACCUGUGAAAACUCCCCUUUUGGCCGCCCUCUCCUCAGUGUGGAUGAGGCUGGUACAGAUGACCCGUUGUCAAGCCAGAGCCAGAGUUCUGAUUUUGAAGCAGAUUCCAGGCAGUCCAGUCCAGAAUUAUCAGAGCCGGGAGCAGCAGAACGUGUGGGCCAGAAAGAAGAGGAGCAGCUGGAAGAUGUGCUGUCCAGUUUGGAACAGGAGGGCAACGCUUCCCACCUCCACCAUAAGCAGCAGAUGGGAGAUGCUAAUGUUGCCAGAGAAGCUGAUCAUUCUGUACCCAGUAAAGAUGACAUCCCUACCUUCGACGAGUGGAAGAAACAAGUUAUGGAGGUGGAAAAGGAAAAAAGUCAGACUCUCCAUACCUCAACCAGUGGCAACCCACAUUCAGCAAAGAAGGUCCAGAAAAACUUCAAGAAUAACUACGCCUCAGUAGAGUGUGGUGCCAAGAUCCUCUCUGCCAACAGUGAGGCUAAGAGUACGUCAGCUAUCCUUAUGGAAAAUAUGGACCUUUAUAUGCUCAAUCCCUGCAGCACCAAAAUCUGGUUCGUCAUAGAGCUCUGUGAGCCGAUUCAAGUCAAACAGCUGGACAUAGCCAACUUUGAGCUUUUCUCUUCAACACCUAGAGACUUUUUAGUUUCCAUCAGUGACAGAUAUCCCACCAACAAGUGGGUGAAGCUGGGUACUUUCCAUGCGAGAGAUGAGCGGAUAGUCCAAAGUUUCCCACUGGAUGAACAGCUUUAUGCUAAAUAUGUGAAGAUGUUCAUCAAAUACAUAAAGGUAGAACUUCUCUCUCACUUUGGGGCAGAACACUUCUGUCCCCUCAGUCUCAUCAGGGUGUUCGGUACCAGCAUGGUGGAGGAGUACGAGGAGAUAGCAGAUUCCCAGUAUCCCUCCGAGAGGCUGGAGUAUUUGGAUGAAGACUAUGACUAUCCUCCUGGUUACCAACCAUCAGAGGAAAAGGCCUCUAAAAACUUGCUUGGUUCAGCAACCAAUGCGAUCCUUAACAUGGUGAACAACAUCGCCGCUAAUGUACUUGGUGGCAAGUCUGAACUACAGGAUGGAGCAGAAAUAGGAGGUAAUUCAACAGAGGAGGGGGGUGAAAUAAAGGAGAGCACAGAUGUGAAAGUUGACUCACCUGAAGCCUCUCUGGACUCUGCAGGUCUGGACCCUGCAAAGCCUGAACAAACUGCAACAGAGAAGCUUUCUAAUACCUCUAGUGACUCUACUUCCUCCUCCUCAUUAUCUGACUCCAGUGAGGACAGACAGAUUGUCACACUUGUGGAGGAGGAUGAAGAUGAGGAGCCAAAACAGUCAACUGUCACACUGUUGGAGGAGGAGGUCGAGGAAGAGGAGGAUAAAUGUGAGGAGAAAAUGAGGAGGUAUGCUAACAGGAACCAAUGGGAGAGUCAAACAUACUGUCCUUUCUCCUCCUUGUCCUCCCUGUCUCUGUCCUGCAUGGCCACGCUGCCUGAGCUGCUUCAUCGCUGGUGCUCUGCCAGGGUGGCAAAGGAGCGACUGCAGAGCCUCAGGAGGAGGCAACUUAACACUGAGACCCAGACUGAUGAGAACAUCUCUGUCCAAAGACUUCCAGUCAUCCCUGUCCCAACACCUACCCAAGAAGUCUUCCCUCUGACGGAAAAAGCUCCAGAAUCGGAGGCUCUGGGUGAAAUCCACAAUCAGGGGAAGCCCUUAGGUGAGGUACAGACUGAUUUACAGGUCAAUGCUCAACCGUCUGACAUACACACUCCAGAGCUUAACAUCCUACUAGAGCCUAGUAGAACUGCCACGAUUCCCCCCCACACUUCAUCAGCCCCUCACAGCACCAUGAUGAGGCCCACCCUCACACAUGAGGAGAAGCUCUUACCUCCUGUAAAGGAUGAAGCCCUUGACCCUGUCCCCACUCCUCCCCUCCAAGCUGUCUCUAUCCCAGAGACGCAGCCGGUCGGAAGCGCCACACUGACACUCUCUGUCAGUCCUCCCCUGCUGGUUCUGCCCCUGGAGACAGCCUCUUCAGUUUCCUCAUUGACACCCGUCAAAGAGCAGCCUGUAGUUUCUCUUCCUACCGCAUCAAGGCCUGAGAACCUUCUACCCCCUCCCACUGAGCUGCCAGCCGCCGUCCCACCAGCUGACAGCCACACAGACUCAGUAAAGUCGGGUACAGAUAAUGGUGGCAGCAAACAAAAGCAGAACACUGAUGAUCCUCAAAUCCAGGGAGAACAGGGGAACAAUCUGUCCCAGACAGGACAUCCCCAUCGGACCGAGGACUUUGUGGAGGAGGAUCUGUUAAACACUAACAUUCAGCGGACAGCAACAGACUUCUACGCAGAGCUGCAGAAUGGAGGAGAUUACUCCGGGGGAACACUGAACGGAGGCGCCGUUCACGGGUCCAGUCAGAAGGAAAGCGUGUUCAUGAGGCUUAACAACAGGAUCAAAGCUCUGGAGAUGAACAUGAGUUUGUCCAGCAGAUACCUGGAGGAACUGAGUCAGAGGUACCGUAAACAGAUGGAGGAGAUGCAGAAAGGCUUUAACAAGACCAUCAUAAAGCUGCAAAAUACCUCCCGCAUCGCUCAGGAGCAGGACCAGAAACAGACUGACUCUAUCCAGGUUCUGCAGAGCCAGCUGGAGGAUGUUACCAAACUGAUGCUCAAUCUUACAGCUACAGUGAGCCAGCUGCAACGAGAGGUAUCUGACCGUCAGAGCUACCUGGUGCUCUCUCUGGUCCUGUGCCUGUUGCUGGGCGUCCUGCUGUGUCUACAGUGCUGCUGCAGCUCGUCUCCUAGCCCUAAAGCCAACUUCACUCCCCUUCCCAAGAGCAACCACUACCCCAGCCCCAAGAGAUGUUUCUCUUCUUAUGAUGACAUGAGCCUAAAACGUAGGGUGACGUCCCCGCUCGUUCGCUCCAAGUCAUUUCAGCUUUCCUCUACAGAAGUAGGUCCAGAUGACUUGUUCAUUGUAGAACCUCUAAGGUUUUCUCCAGAGAAAAAGAAAAAACGUGGCAAAACAAAAUCUUUGGACAAAGUUGAGACCUUGAAGCCAUUUGACCCCUCUCUGCCCCUCACAAACGGGGAUCUAAAAUGCAACGGUUUCCAUUCGAGCCUCCCUGCAAUGCCUCCCCCACCCCCUCCUCCUCCUCUCCCUCCUCCCCCCGUGUGGCAUCCUCUUCCAUCUACAGACCAGGUGGCGUCUUUGCCCACUCUAACGUCGAAGGAGUUCCCCUCUGAAACCAGCAGCUGCAGCUCCUCCACUCAGUCUGAGGAAUCAUACACUAACCGCCUUUCCCCCCCUUCUCCCGUCUGCCCCUCCGCCAGCAUGUGCAACGGCCACGGCGUUUACGCCCCCCUCACCCAAUCUUCCACCAUGUCCCGUCAGGAAAAGCGCUCCAUGAAGCGGCAGAGGUCUCGACAGUCAGAGCUGCAGUUUCCUCUUGUGCCAGGGGGAGGCGUCGACUCUUUGCCCAGCCUGCAGCAGCUCAUGAAGGGAAACAAAGACAUGAGUGUUGGGACCAUCAGGGCGACAGCCGUCACUGGACAUGUCUGAAAUGCUACACUUCACAUUUACACAACACCCUGUUCACUAUAAAAAUGACUGUAUCCCAAAGAACCACAUUUCCCAUGAACCUCCAGGCGCACAGUUGAAGUGAAAAAGAGUUUAGCAGCAUUAGCUCAUCCAGACCGUAUCCACUCUUGUCAAAGACCUGUUCACGGUUAUGUGCCUUUCUAUAUGUUGAAGACCUUUUAAUUGUUAAAAACUUUAAAGCUGGACGAGCUGCUGGUGUGCAAAGAGAGACACUGUGGUGGAGAGCGACACAUCAGCACACAUUCGGUACAACAGGACUUGUUUUAUUGAAAAAGCACAUUGUCUCCAGAUAGCGAAGCAUCAGUUAAUUUUUUCCCCUGUUCUGAGCACAGUGAGAAAGGUGCUGACCUCAAUUCUAUGCUCCUUCAAUAAGUAUUAGACUGCUGGUGUUUGAUAACAAGUGUCAUUGUAAGGGAAACGUGGAGCACACAACUUUAUCUCAUCCAUUUUUUCCUUCUGUUAUCUUUUAUGUUGUUCUCAUCUAUCUUGUUUGAAUGGGACCAGAGUGUUCAAAAUCUUACUGUGAACCUGUCUGAUGCAUCUCUGUUACAGUUUGAAACCAACCACGGAGCUGAAUGAAGAAAAUAACUUAAAGUUCUUUGUCCUUUUUAGCUUCUUAUUUAAUUUGACCUCAGAUUACAGUUAGAGAAGCAGCAGUCUGUGCAUCCUACAAGCUCAUAAUGAAUCAUUCCCCUGCUUUACGUAGUUGGGCUGGGCCCAGAAACAUCAAGCACACAAACUGUAUGUUGACACUUCAUAUUGGAUUCUAUAUAUGAUGUGAACAAGCUAGAGGCAUUCUGGGAUCUGUUUAAAUGUUUUAAGCCAGUCUGAGCCAUGGUUGUUUCCUGUCCCUCAACCUGUUUUUGUGACUUGUAAGAACGUGCUGGGGAAGCUGAGUCCAAUGUCUACACUCUUUUCACUCACACAACUACCGGGAUCCUGCAGAACAAUCUGGCCCACCGGUUUAUUUAUCUAUUUAUUUAUUUAAAAAAGUCUAUAGAUUUUUCUAAUUGAGGCACUGGUUUGUCAGUUUUCCAGUUCUACUGGGUCACUGUGGUUUAUGUGAGUUUGUUACACAGAAAUGUUAGGCAUGAUGGAUGGCUCAAAUACAUAUUCCUUUUUUCCUUGUUAUAAUAUGUGAAAAACCUUUUUGUUAGCCUCUUAAAUAUCAACUAUCGAUGGAUCAGAAGACUGCUGCUUCUGUCGGCAGAGCUGCUGUUCAGUUAAAAGGAGGUGAAAGUGCUCAGCUGAGUCUUCAUUACUGUCCCUGCUUUUAAGUCUCCCUGUAUGUUAUCACAACUGAUACCACACAAUGCUGUUUAAAUUCUCCAUAGCGCUGCAUGCAGCAUAACCUAAAUACCCUGCAGAGUUCAGGGUGUUUGUUUUUAACAGGUGAAGUUUUCCUUGGUGUUAAUAGGGUUUCUGAUUGGCUCCACGUGGUUGGUGUCGUGUCAUUUCUGCUGCUUGAUCAGGCUCCACAUGAUUUCCCUCACCUCUGACCCUUGCUGCACUUCUACUAGUCAUUGUGGAGAAACCCUGCCUGCUUGCAUUAAUGUCUUUUAGUUUUAGGUAUUCUGUCACUAAAAUGUUUGUGUCCUCGCUCUCACAUUACACUCCACUUGUCUUCUAUCCACUCAUUGUGUGCCCCACCUUGAAAAGAUCCUGAUGUUUUGUAAAGAGGAAAUGAAUUGAAUUAAAGGGAACGCAACAAAGAUUAAUCUGAUUUGCAACACUAUUAAUGUGAUUACAAAUGUUUCGCAAGCUAAGCAAAUCCUUUAUUUUAUUUUCCACCCUUUAAUGUGGAUGACAUGUUUACCUGUAUGCAUGGGAGAUUGUUGUUAGUUUCAUGGGUGUGUGUUUGUCAUGAAAAAGACUACUUAGAACCUGCUUCAAUCCAUAACAGAAGAGGAGGAAGCACUUCUAGAGAAUUUCUAGAGAUGCACGUGCACUUUGUAUGACUCCUCAUGCCUUUUUUUGUUUGUUUUUCUACUUUGUCAAGUGCUGUUUUUUUUCUGUCGUCCCCCUCCCCUCUUUCUCUAUGAGUACUCCAAAAAGCUGCACAGUAUUUUUGAGCAGGAAUGAGUUACUACCACAAACUGUAGUGCCAUUAGAAACUGUGAAUUCUUUCUAAAUAAAACCUUUUUUGUUGUCUUUCA